AUGGCGGAUUCGGAAGAGAAAGACAGGUAAGUUUUGAAUUGAUUUUCUAUUUCUAUUCAGAGUUUUUACUUUGCAAUUUUGACUAAAAAGAAAGCUACACAUCGGAACUUUAUCUCUUCGUACUAUUUAAAUCGACAACGUUUGGAAUUCUAUCAAAAAUAUCAUGUCAUUUCAAACCCUUUUAUUUUGCCCGAUUUCAAAGGUGUCUUUAAAUUUGCAUAUAGCAGGUUAACUGUGCAUGAACCAGGUUCGAGUUUCUACUUUAUGUGAUCUACGAUAAUUAUUCGUGUCCUUUAUAUGAUCGCGCCCUCUAGCGCCCCUUGAAUUUGUACCUUUUGGGGACAUUCAUUUCAUGCUAUUUUCUGUGCUGAUUUUAGGUCUUCCUGCGAAGAUCUGUCAAGUUCUACUGCCAUGUUGGGAAAGCGGUCAUGCAUUCCAGAGGGGAAUACGCCUGGGAAAAAAAAGACAAAGAGAAAGAGAAACGGGAAAGGCAACACAGUUAAAAAGUCAUUGUUUGAUAAUAACAUGAUUCAGGGAGAUGGCCAAAAAUUUGUCAAUGGUACUGUUUGGGUGACUGCAGAAUUGGCUGCAUUGGUUCAGCACAUAUGCUUGUAUUGGGAUGAUGCACACACUGAUAAAUGGCCAAAAACAAAAAACAUGAAAUUUUGGAAUGAAUGUGCGGUAUCUGUCAAUAAAAUGUGUAGUACUUCUCGAACAGGUUGGUUAUUUCAAUCUCCAGUUGCAUAUAUUAAUUUCGUAAAUCUAUUGUAACAGUUGUAGUUUGUAUUUGCAUUAGCUGUGUAGAUGGUAUAUUGCAGGUUUCUGUACAGUUAACAGUGGAAAAGAAUUUCACUUUUGGUGUAUUUUGUUCAAAAGAAUUUGAUGUUGAAGAUUUUUGGAGUUUGCAAUUUCCAGAAAAAAUCAUUAACACAUUAAUGGGUCAUUCCAGAAAACAUCCAUACCUCCCCCACGGAGGAAAUAGGAAGUUAACUCCCUACCCCCUUAGGAUGUCCUAAUACAUUUACUAAUAUCAGAAACAAUAUUUCCUCCCCCUCUGGACGGCAGAAAUUUCCUCCAUGGGGGGAGUUAGGAUCUUUUCUGGAACGACCGAAUGCCAGACAUAAAUGUCGGCUGGAGCAGUUGGAAAAAAGCACAACAAUAGCCCUUCUGGCAACAGCCAACAGGUGCCCAAUGUGCGGUUUAUAACAACUUUGGAAUCUCCAAUAGGUUCCAUAAAAUAAAUGCAACAGUAUAAUUGUUUGGUAUCUUUAUCUGUAUAAUUGUUUGGUGACUUUACAUACCUAAUAUUUUCAUACCUAAAUUAGUGAAUGCGAAGUUGGUACUGUAACAAUCUUGCGAAACUUCAAACCGACAGUAAUAGGGGGGAGGGGGGGGGCUUGCUUGUUGUUCUGUGCUUAAUGAAUUAAAUUUUUUUGUAGGCUCAUCAUGUAGGACUAAAGUCACAAAAUUUUUGGUUAAGAAGUUUGCAACAUUGUCUGAUGCAGAGGAAUUCUAUAAUAUUGAUUAUGUUACCAGUGCAACCAAUUCCAAAGACUUUGUUUCCAAUUCAACCCCAGCAAAGCAGACCACCAGUGAAAUAAAUGAAUGUUUAUCACCAAUUUUUAGCUGUUCACCCCAGAAAGCAGCUAAGGUAUCCUUGGGAAAUACAGUUCAAAACUUCAUAUCUUCUUUUGAAAAUACAAUGUCAGAACGUCUUCGAAAGCAAUUAUUACAAUAUUUGUUUAAACAUUUGGUUGUUAGCUCUGGUGGGAAUUCGUUUUAUUCAUUUGUGCAACACGAUUUUCUUGACAAAAGUCUUUCAGCAAUGAGAGUAUUGUACGACAAAGGCAAGCAUAACCUUGUUUAUCAUAUCUCCAAGUGUUUCAAUCGUGAGCAUGAAAAAGCAGAAACCCGGAUGCCAAUUGACAGGAUGCCCUUUGGUUUAAUCGAUUAUAAUGUUCGGUUUUUCUCAUCAUCAUCAUCACAGAAACUUGGUAUUGAGAAACACUAUGCUCUCUGGCUUGAGACCAUGCUUGCCCAUUUUGGUCAGAAGUGGCUGUGCCUGUUCAGAGGGCCCUUUUGGCAGUAUGAAAUUCAAGAAUGUUCAGAUGUAUCCCUACCUUCCAAUGCCAGUCAGGAGAUAUGCAGCACCAACGUCCAUGAAAUAUCAACUGAUGCAGGACUGGAAUCAAUCAUUGGUACUGCUCUGAGAGAAUGUUCGUUGGACUUGAGUGAGUACCAAGAACCAGUAGGCGAACAUAACGUUAACACCUUCCAGGAAUAUGAUGACAUAACAAGCACAGUUGAUUUGAGUGAACAAGUAGCAUCGAUGCAGAUAUUGAAUGAUACCAAUAACGAGCCAGAUAUCAUUGUUGAUGAGCAGAAUUUAGACAGAGAAGUUUUAGAGAGCACUUCUGCAUCCAUAAGAACACAAACCCAGAAACAACUAAAUAGAAGCCACCUAUGGGCACAGCUAAAUGACGAAGAUCGUCAAGCUAUUGAGAAUGAGCAGAUCUCACCUGAAUGCAUGGAGGAGCACCACAACAUACACCCAGUUUCAAAUAAGAGAAGGAUUGGUAAUCCAAACAAAUACAAUACAAGAAUGGUUUGUAUAAUUUAUUUAUUCUAGUCUAUUUAUGAUUGUGUAUUUUCAUUCAAUUUCAAAGUAGAAUGAGAAUGAGGUUUCUUAGCAAAAUACAACAUUCAGGAGGGGUGUAUCCUGAAGAAAGCAUCCCAGUGGCUGUAUGGGCCGAUGGUGUUUUCUGAUGUUAUGCACUUUAGGGAUUAUUUUCGCUAAUAAACCACCGUUCGAGGUAAUUAACUAGUAUAACUACUGUAAUAAGAGAAAGAGGAUGGUGCCCUCGAGUUUGUACUUGGGCGUUAAACAGGAAUGAAUUUUUUAUAAUUGCUUUUGAGCAAAUUACCUAGAAUUUGUAGUUCUUCACCUCCUUGCUAUAAAUUCAAGGGUUUUAUACAGAUCGAUACAGCCCAGGAAUAGUGGGCUUUCUCGAGAUAAAUCCAGCUGUUGCCAGGGUUUAUCCUUAUCUAGACAAACCCUUGGAAUUUGUAAUAAUUAGAGAACAAGAACAAUAAGAAUCGAGACAAUGUGUACUAACCUUAGGUUAAACUCACAUUAGGUGUGCUUUUUUCAGUUGAUUUUACUGAAAUACAAUAUUCCAUGCCAAAAUAAUGUAAUUGAGGAGUCAGUUAUAAUUCAACUACUAUAUAAAUAAUUUUUUAACGUUUUGAGCGAAAGCCCUUUGUUAAGAAGUUAGCCAAUAAAGCCUUCGCUUGAAAUGUCUAGGAAAUUGUUUUCUUAUUUUUCAAGCAGUUGAAUAACCGACUCUUUGCAACUACUUCUAACGUUGCUACCUAUCCCCAUGCAAGAUUAUAUCUAAUAAUGUACUGAUUAUGUUUUGUAUGGCUGUAGGCAGAUAUGAUUUUGUUAGUAUUUAUUCUUUAAGUCACUUUGUUUCAGGCCAAAGUAAAUGUAGCUGCAAUUGGAGUACGUCAACUUCAGAAGCGCAUUGCUUGUUCUGGUUUUAUAAAAUCAGCCAACAUCCAGGUACUGUAAGAAUUCAAUUUGUAAGUUAAUGUUAUCAUAUUUUUUAUACUUGAUUGGAAUUUUGAUUGUUUGCUCUUGACAAGACCCUGUGUAACAUCGGUAGAUCAGAUAAUAUAUUAUAAGACUCGAAAGCAUGCAAAAGCUGAAAAUGCCUGAUUCCACAAGCAAUUAUCUUCACACGAAACUUAAACUAUUGUUUAAGUUGAAAAGAAUUUAUUAAAUCUGUCAUUAGUUCCAGUUGAGAGCUCAUAAGAAAAAGAAUAUACUUUAUGCAGUUCGCGCGACAAAUUUCACUCAUGGAAUCAUACCUAAAUGGAUCGGUUAUGUACAAUUGGAAAAUGCCGGAACUUUCAUCCUCAGUGUGAAAUUGUGAAUCACCAGUAUGUCCCAGUUUUGAAAUAUUCUAUUAAGAAAGUUCUAGCAAAGAAGUAUUUAAAAAUAAAGGGUCCAUACAGAUUAUCAUCUUAUCUACUUACGUGCAUUUUAUAUGGGCAUCUGUUUUGUUUUAAGGUAAAAGCUUUACAGGAUGCAAAAGCCAGCAACCCAAAUGGUCGUUGGUGGAUUAAAGCAGAUGCAUGUGAUGUUCGUGAAGGUCUGCGAGAGAGUGUGCGUGGGAAAUGGUCUGGAGAUGAAGAUUUGGGAGACGGUUCUGUGGACAGACUUCAUUCCGAGUAUACAUCAAAAUGCAAUGCUUUUAAGAAGAUGUGUGCUCAAAAACAAUCUAGUUUGUCUGUGGAUCAUGUGAAGAUCUUGGUUGACGGGUUUGUUGAUGACACUGAGUUCCUCAAGAAUGGUUUGGCGACUGCAAAAAAAAAGUAUGAGAGCAAACUAACUAAUUCCCGUUGUUCAGAUGACUUGCUUAUGAAGUUGUCAUGGGAUGUUGUUGGAUUUGAGCAACUGCUGAAGCAAACAAAUGAAUUCACAGAUGAGCUCAACAUCGUGAUUGAUGAUUUAAAGCUUGGUCUUCAAAAUGUAGGAGUUGUACAUCUACGAGAAUUGGAGAAAAACAUGCUGCAGUACUACAAGGACAUCUACAGUAAGAAAAGAUCCUCUGCAAGUCACUUACUUGUAUUUAUGCUUGCUGAUGAACUUCGUAAUGUGAAACCAUAUGCAGUUCCAGUACAGUUUAUGCCUACCAAGACAAUUACUGAUGACCAAAUGCGCAAGCUAGAACUUGAGAUUGAGAUUUCAAUGAAAAGUUAUGGAAUGGUUCCAGUUGGUAUGUCAUCUACAGUAGAUCUAAUAAUUAACACUUGUUUACUGAUGCCCCGGAGACAACGAGCGGUCGAGGGUCCACAAAACAUACUGUUUUCCCAAGGUUUCAAUAAAUAAGUGCUCUGUUGUAUACCAAGUGUCAAAUGACACAAGAUUUGUCGCUUUAAAUCUUAAAAUUUCAAUCAAAAUAAAGAAAAACAGUAAAAACUGGACGUAACGUCUUCACUUCCGGUUUUGUUAUUUUUCCCUUAGUAGGGAAAAGUAAAUGUAAUGUUACCCGUUGCCAUUGGUGACGUGGAAACAUCGUGAUUUUCGGACCGCCUCUCGUCCAAUGAAAGCCCAUGAAAAACGGAAUUUGAGACUUGGUAUAUAACAUGUUUUGUUCAACCCAGUAACUGGCCAUAAGCCAGAAUGCGCCUACUCCAGUAGUUUACUCUGUAUAAUGCCAGAUGAUUUUACCAAGUGAAAGAGUAUUUCCUGUUGGUGGGUUAAUGUCAGGUAAAUUCACAUCCGUGUUUUUCAUAGUACUGAACAACAUUGAUCACAUUAUAUUAACAGGAUUUACCACAGAUGGAGAGUUCAACUCGUUGAGAACUAUGGGAAAGACACGUCCAAUCUCAAUUAUUGAAGUCAUCCGAAAUGCCAAAGCGGAAGCCCGCAAGAUCGGGGCGAAAGCUAUUUUGAAAUAUUUUACGCUGAAUCAAACUGGUAUGUUUGUUAGAUUGUGUCUUUAAAAAUGAAAUUUAAUUUUCAAAUGGAAAAUACCUAUCCACAUGACUUCGAGUGUCUGUUGUCGAUAAAAAAUUGGAAAUACAAAUGUACUGUGAUCAAAAAAUAAUUGUACUACGCUUUUAGGUAGUUCCACUGUUGAGCACCAUCACGCAGUUCCACUGGCAGAUAUCCUGUGGUUAUAUGAAUAUAUGAAAAAUGGUCAAAAGGAACCUAGGCCAAUUGAGCAGGCUCUUUUGAUUCUGAGAAGAACGUUAUUCCCUUUCUCCUACGACCCGUGUCCAUUUGUGGAAGGUACAACAUAAUAUGAAAAAUUUUACUCAUGCGCGUGCGGAUAAGAAAAUCGUUUAUCAAAUUUUAAUGUUGGUUAUUUUACAGGUAGAAAGGAAACUAGGGCUGAGUUGUUAAUGUCGAUCAUGGCCAUAUAUUUAUUCCGUUGGGAAGUUCAAAAAUUGAAAGGGUUACCAGAUAACCACGCAAAUUUCUCUGACUUCCUGUACCAACCUGAAAAAGACGAAGACACCAACGAGUACGUUCAUCACCGCGAAGACCAUAAUCAUGUUUUGAAGAGAUUGGUAAAUUGUUUACGAGAAGGUGUAAUUCCAGGUAUUGAUCUUCGUUACUUCAGGGAUGCAUUACACGAUGCAAAUACUGGCUUAACAUACGAGUCUCUCACGGGAAAGAAUAAACAGUCUGUACCAGAUUGCGAAAGGUUGAUUUCGCCAGCUGUCGUCUCCUUCCUCAGAGAAAAGGGAGAUGCGAGAGGAGCGAGUAUUUUGUCAAUUAUUUCCAAUUGGCACAAAGCAGUGGAUGGGAGAGGUCUUAGUGAAGAAGAACGUUCGUCCUACCUGGUAGAUAUGAAGAACUGGUUGCUUGACGACUGGAUGCCCUGGCACAGAAACAUGUGUGAUUUUGCAACGAUCGACGUCAACAGGUUGGUGAGUCAGUAUGUAAACGAAUUGUUUUUUAUAUUUUGCUGCAGCAUUAAGGAAUUUUUAAAAUGCCUUUUGCGAACAUAAGGUUGAGAGGAAAAGAAGUUCAGUCAUUUGUUACAGUACAAGAUUUUUUAUUGUUUAUGUAAUCAUCAGCUAGGUAGUAAUUGUUUUACUUCUAGAUUACUGUACAUGUACCUUCACACAAGACCAGAGGAAUCUCGGACCGCACUCGAAUUCGUCCGUUUUCACUUGUUCACAAUAGAGCACAGCUAAUGGUACAAAUACUCGUGAGAACAAGUGGAACCGGAUGACGUGUGAACGUAGCUACGAGAGCAUUAAGCCCAUUUCCAGGAUACGACCGUGUUAAAUAACUACUGUGUAUUGAAUUUAUAUUUUUCUGUAGACCCAUCAAAGGUAUUUGUGGCCUGACCCGAGAAUUGGUGGUUGCUCUCGUUGCAAACUUGGAGAGCCGAGAAAUACGCAGGGUCGAGUAUCAGAGAAGAGAAAUGAGCGCGGAGCAUCCACGAGCAUCAUCUAGCGAUGAUGUGGAAGGAUUUUUCUCUCUACUCCAUGGCAUGUUGGGCCCUGUGUUUGACCUAAAACAAUUCUACGACGAGUCUCGGAAAAUUUUGAACGAAUACUCAAAAAGAAUUGAUUCAGAACUACCAUUCUUUUACUGGUCAGGAAAGCAUGAGAGAUACAGGGAUUUCGAACUCCCGAGUUUCAAUCAACCAAGCGGAGUUGGCGUUAUCGAGAGGCUAGAUGAUAUUAAUGUAUCACGGCGGGGUGACCCUGGUGUCUUUGUAGCAAACAGGGCAUCGCUUCCACAGAAAGGUCAGUUGACGUGCCGUGCAACGUUCCACAAAGCACCUGUUGCACUGCCGCCAUUAGGCAAUUAA